AUGGAAGGGAGGCGCAAUUUUAACGACAUAGUUGCAGAGCCACUCACGAGAAAAAGCCCUGGUGAUUGGUUCGAAUGGGUUCGGAACUAUCUGAUAUCUCAAGAUCUUUGGGAAGUGACGAAUAAUAGCGCAAGACCAGACGAAAAUCAUUUGGAAGAUUUUGCGAAAUGGAGAAGAAACAAUGCUGCAGCAUUGCACAUCAUCCGUAUCUCUUGUGGGCCUGAGAAUCAUUCUCGUAUAAGGGGGGUCUCUGAAGCCAAACUUGCAUGGGACACUCUCUAUGAUACCUACUAUACUGCGCCACGCCCUUCCCCGGAGUUAACGGAGGCAGAAGAAUUAGAGAUGAGUAUUCUGCACAAGGCCAUAGCUAAAAACAACUGGUCGACUGUGAAAGCAAUCAUUGAUCGCCAUCCCAAGGUAUUGAACGUUGAUUUUGCGACGUCAAUGGGCGAAACACCUCUUCAUGUGGCUGCAAAGUUUGGGCAUCUGGGCAUAGUAGAGGAGUUGGUGAGAUUAGUUCCAGAAGAAUAUCUGGAGAUACGCGAUGCUUAUUAUAACAAUACUCCGCUUGCAAUAGCUGUUUCACAUAGUGAACUCAUCCCGGUUGCAGCAUGCUUGAUCGGCAAAAACAAAAAGGCACUUGAAAUUCCAGCUGAAGACGACUCCGAGAUUCCUGUUACCUCGGCUUUUUAUUCUGGCCACAAGGAAAUGGGACGUUAUCUUUAUUCUGUCACUCCUUGGGAAGCCUUCAAACCAGAAAAGGGCACUGUGGGGCCUGAGUUCCUCCACGCCUGUUUGAGAAGUGGAGAACUAGAUAUUGCCUUGGAUUUGCUCCGACGAUGCAAGGAGCUGCUUUUUGCUACUGACAUAAAUGAGGACCCAACAAUUCAGAAUAUUGCACGCUAUAUUCAUACUACUCUGCACAUAAGUCGACUUCCGUUCUGGGAGCGAUGGCUGUAUCACUAUACCAAAAUACCAUCAACCACAACCACCGGGCAUUUCUGCGUAGAUAUUCAGCAAGAAGGCGAGAGCAACCAAGCUGGUCAAGGAAUCAAGAAAAUAUACGAGAUGAAGGUGCAGCAUGCAAAAGCAGCUGAAAUUCUAAACUUCGUUUGUGACAAUCUGAUAUAUUUGAAUGACGUAAAGAAGGAUAUGGUUAAAAAAGCACUGAUAUCUGUAUCUGAAGAAGAGAAUGUUGAGUUUUUGUUGCGAGUAAUGAAUGCAAACACAGAAUUAAUAACGCUAGUCAGUUAUGGUGAGCCAGACUUGUCCAUUUUCUUUGAUGCUAUUAAAUAUCGUAGAGCUGGGAUUUUCAACCUCCUCCGUGGUUUUCGCUUUAAGAAUGUGGCGGCGUCAUCUAUUGACUCUGAGAGAAAUACCUUGCUGCACGUGGCAGCCAUGUUGGCUCCUUCUACCUACCUUCAUGGCAUCCCCGGCGCAGCAUUACAGAUGCAAAGGGAAAUGCAAUGGUUCAUGGCCGUUCGCAGUGUGAUGGAUCCUGGAGAUAGGCUACUUGUAAACAAGAAGGGGCUGACACCCAUGCAAAUUUUCAAAGAAAACCACAAAGAGCUGAGGACUGAAGGAGAAAAAUGGAUGAAGGAAACAGCGUCUUCUUGCUCAGUUGUUGGGGUUUUAAUUGUUGGCAUCAUGUUUGCUGCAGCUUUAACGGUUCCUGGAGGAAACAAUCAGGAUUCAGGGUACCCAAUAUUUAUGAAGGAGAAGUUAUUUAAAGUUUUCAUAAUUUCAGAUGCACUUUCCUUGUGUUCGUCCACUAUUUCUCUUCUCACAUGUUUAGCAAUCGUCACAUCACGCUAUGCAGAAGAAGACUUCCUUUUCUUACUUCCUACAAAAUUGAUAAUAGGUCUUUCUAUGCUGUUUCUUUCUAUUGCAACCAUGAUGAUUUCCUUUUUAGCAACCAUAAUGAUCAUGGUGCAAUAUAAUGCUUCACAUUUAUGGGUUACUCUUCCUGUUAUUGUCUUUGCUGGUAUUCCAGUAACCCUCUUUGUAUUACUACAACUCCCUCUUCUUGUUGAAGUAUUGUGGGCUACUUAUGGUCCAGGCCUCUUCACGAAGAAGGUGGUGAGGUGGCCAUGA